AUGGGAAAACUUUAUUACACCCCCGCACAUGGGGUUGGAAAGUUAAUAGAGGAGACACUAUUUAAUGGAGCAGCAGAAGGAACUGGUGUCAAUGAAAUUCUUAAAUGGGGUAGAAAUGUGAUUGGAUACAAUCUUCCUCAAAACCUAAUUGACUAUUUCAUUGAUACCCAGAAUAAUUUAUUUGGUUCAUAUCCCAAUCAUCAAGACUACGCUCCAAGUAUAGUAUUUGCAGUGCUUUUCGCAAUUUUAAUGAUUGUUCACAUAAUCGUCUUUAUCAUAAAUACGUCAAGAGGACACUACUUUUACUUGUCACUUGUGUGGAUUUUCUAUUGUAUGAUGAAAGUGAUUGGAUUUAGUUUACGAGCACACUGGGCCACUGAUAUUACGCUCAUUAUUCUUGGACUUGUUAGCGAGGUUUUCUUGAUUGUUCCUGCCAUCAUUAUAGUUUCAGCAAACUUGAUUUUAACUCAAAGAUUGUUCACAUGGAGACAUCCUGUCGGUGGUUCACGUUUGUUGUUUUGGAAUUUUAUGUUUACAGCUUAUGCGUUUGUUGCCAUUCUUUUAGCAGUUACCAUUCUCGCAUCAGCAGUUCCAUACUUGUACUUUUUAAGUUAUACUUCAUACAGGAAUUGGAUUCACACUGUCCAGUUUACUGCUAUCAUGGUUAUUUUGUACUCAUUGACUUCGGUUGCAUUGAUUGGAUUGAGUUUCUGGUUGCCUACGAAAAAGGAUGAGUUGAGAUAUACUUAUCAACCAUGGUGGAUCGAAAGUUUUGCUCCAUUCUAUUUUGCCAAAAAGAAUGCAGCUCAAAAAGCCGAACAUACUUUUAUGAAAAGAAAUUCACAUCAUCGUCAUGCUACUAGAGUCAUUGCAGCAACACAUCAUCAUUUUCAUAGUGUCAAGGGAUUGUCCAAUCAAAGAGGAACCCUUAAACAUAACAUAUCUAUGGGAAUUCUCAUUGUAACAACGUUGCUCAUCUUUAUUGGUGCAAUUGGAAGGGCCAUAGUUGUGUUUCAAGCCAGAUGGCAAAUUUAUGCAAGUCCCGCAGAAAGUAAGUGGUUCAUGUACGUUGUAUGGGGUGUUUUUGAAGUUAUCAUUAUGAUACUUUACAUUGUUGGUAGGGUCGACCCCUUCGUUUCUAUCGCCAACUCUGAAUCAAGAAUGGAACCAGCUCAUUUGUAUGGAAGAGAACCAGAUUAUGAUAUGGAUGAAGAUAAAGAACCCCAAUUUGAAGAUGAUUUCGAUGAUGUUGAUUCCAAUGAUUGGGAUUUCACCGUACCCAAGAAUGAAAAAGAAAGCAGUGGAUCUGACGAAUAUAACGCUUACGGAAUUAACUACGAUGUCAAGCCAUAUACUGACAAAGGAAAUGAGAAGUUCAACCAGAAUGGGUAUAAUGGUGGCGAUGGACGUUAUAAUAACCAAAACCAACAACAUCCAUAUGCUCCAUAUCCUACGGAAAAUAACCAACGUGAAACUGAUGCAGAUUCAGAGUUUCAUUUUUAA